AUGGAAAAUGCCAACCAGGAGAAUGAAAAAAAGGAUGAAAAGGAACAAGAUGCUAAUAAAAGAGAGCCUUUGGCCCUCCCUUUGGAAGCUGGUGAAUAUCGUGUACCUAGAGGAAAUCCUAGGCAGUUCCAUGUUAGGCAGCCCAUCCUGCAGUAUAUAUGGGACACAACUCAGAGGCUUGGAGAACCACAGGCAAGGAUGAGACAGGAGAACAUGGAAAGGAUUGGGGAGGAGGUGAGGGAGCUGAUGGAAAAGCUGAGGGAAAAGCAGUCUGCGGGCAGUUAG